AUGGAGUCGACCGGCCGGCUGACAGUUCUCCUGAAGGUAUCCUACGGACAGGCAUGCUUAUACUUAGGGAGUCUUUUGAUCAUUCUUCUUUCAUUCUUGCUAGUUCGUCAACUUGUCAAGCAGAGGAGACCAAGAGGAUUCCCUCCGGGACCGACACCCUUUCCUAUAAUUGGGAACAUCUUGUCCCUCGCCUCCGAGCCACACGUCUACAUGAAGAAACAAAGCGAAAUUCACGGACAGAUCUUCAGUCUUGAUUUAGGUGGCAUCUCCACCGUCGUGCUUAACGGAUACGAUGUCGUGAAAGAGUGUCUUGUGCAUCAGAGCGACGUGUUUGCGGACCGUCCAUCUCUGCCUUUGUUCGAGAAAAUGACAAAAAUGGGAGGACUUCUUAAUGCCAAGUAUGGCCGAGGAUGGGUGGAACACCGCAAGCUCGCCGUCAACAGCUUCCGCUACUUCGGCACAGGCCAGAAGACGUUUGAGAACAAGAUCUCGGAGGAGUGUUUGUUUUUUGUGGACGCCAUCGACGAGCACAAGGGGAAGCCCUUUGACCCCAAACACUUGGUGACAAACGCCGUAUCCAACGUCACCAACCUCAUCCUUUUCGGUAACCGCUUCACCUACGACGACCACGAGUUUCGGCACAUGAUCGAGAUCUUCAGCGAGAACGUGGAACUGGCGGCCAGCGGCUGGGCCUUCCUCUACAACGCCUUCCCCUGGAUCGAGAUCCUGCCCUUCGGAAAGCACCAGAAGCUCUUCCGCAAUGCCACCGCGGUGUACGUCUUCCUGCAGCAGAUCAUCGAGCGCUUCGCCCAGGGCAGGACACGCCAGUCCCCACGACACUACAUCGACGCCUACCUGGACGAGAUGGAGCAGAGUGCCGGAGACUCCGCGGCCUCCUUCUCCCAGGAAAACCUCAUCUUCUCUGUGGGCGAGCUCAUCAUCGCCGGCACUGAGACCACCACCAAUGCCAUCCGCUGGGCCAUGCUCUACAUGGCACUGUACCCCAGUGUCCAAGAGAAGGUGCACAGGGAGAUAGACCAGGUUUUGGGGAACAGUAGGCCCCCUACCCUGGAAGACAGGCUGCGGCUGCCCUACCUGGAGGCUGUGCUGCAUGAGGUCCUGCGCUUCUGCAACGUGGUGCCCCUGGGCAUCUUCCGGGCCACGUCGGGGGACGCCCUAGUGAGGGGCUACUCCAUCCCCCGCAGCACCCUGGUCAUCACCAACCUGUACUCUGUGCAUUUUGACGAGAAGUACUGGAGCCACCCGGACGUCUUCUCCCCGGAGAGGUUCCUGGACGGAAAGGGGAACUUCAACAGGCGGGAGGCCUUCCUGCCCUUCUCCCUGGGGCGGCGACAUUGCCUAGGAGAGCCAUUGGCGAGGAUGGAGAUGUUUCUGUUCUUCAGCUCACUGAUGCAGAGAUUCAGUCUGCAGUUUCCCUCAGGGGCUGUUCCAAGCCUCACCCCAAAACUGGGCAUGACGCUACAACCUCUCCCCUAUGCCAUCUGUGCCACCAAGAGGCAGCAGUGAGGAGUUAGCCCCGCGGAUAAACUGCGAUGAGACUAAAUGGGGCUUCGUUUUUGAAGCUCACUUCCUGGUAUUGUUGAGAGACGUUGCUCACUAGUGCCAAUGUGGUUGGCUCCAGUAUAGGUGGUUCAGCCAGUAGUUUCCAAGUCAAUGAUAAAAAUGUGGCAAAGUGUGGGAGCAAUAGGUGUUUUUUUAUCAUCUAAUGUAUCCCCAGGUGCUGAUUUGUUAUUGUGUUCGUUGGACAAUAUAGCAAUAUUUUGUGGACCAAUCAGGAGCAGUUUGC